GGGCGCCGAGGAGGGGGCGGGCGCGAGGGAGAGGCGACCGCAGACAUCCGGGCCCUUUAGCCCAGUGCGCCCCCGGAGCCGGUGGCGCGGGCAGCGCGGGCGCAGGGCGCGGGGCGCGGGGCUGACAGCCGCGGCGCGGGAGGCGGGGCGCGAGGAGGGCGGAGGCGCGGGGAGGGAGGAGCUGCCCGCCCGCCCGCCGCCGCCGCUCGGCUCCACACCCGCCGGCGCAGCCCCGCCACGAGACUCUGACAGCGCGCGGCCCGCGCUGCUCGGGCGCACAGGGACGGACGGACCGCGGCGGCGGCGGCGAGGGAGGACGCGAGGACCACGGCCCGGCGCCAAGUGCGGGAGGCGCGCGGGUCCGGCGGCGCGCAGAGGUCCCCUCUGAAGCAGCUGGGAACUCAGGAGGCCUUACCACCCCCGAGGAGUGGCCUAGCCAGGAGAGCAAUAAGGGAUGUCGUGGAGCCCACUCAAGGCCUGAGGAGUGAGCAUAAUCCACAGACCAUUGGACCUGGAGCCUCCAAGUCAGGGGGCCUGUACCACCAGGGAGACUCAGGAAGAAUCGAUGCCUCGGCCCCCGGCGACAUGUACACGGUGUAAUGACAGGAAAUGAGCAGGUUUGCAGAGAAACUGCUCGCCUGAAAUUUAAGAAGAAGGCGUCGUUGCUUGUGCAGGGAGGAGAAAACCAACUCUGGGAAAAAGCAGAAAGGAUUUACCUGCCCCUCCCCACCGGAAGCAGCCCUGGAGUUCUUGCUCAGAAACAGCUUUGUGGUUUUUGCUCCUCCGGAAGUUGCAGGGCUCUGUCUGAGAACAUGGCCAAUGGCAUUGACGAGCUCAUUGGCAUUCCCUUCCCCAACCACAGCAGCGAGGUCCUGUGUAGCCUGAACGAGCAGCGACAUGACGGCCUGCUCUGCGAUGUGCUCCUGGUGGUGCAGGAACAGGAGUACCGCACCCACCGCUCCGUCCUGGCCGCCUGCAGCAAGUACUUCAAGAAGCUCUUCACGGCCGGCACCUUAGCCAGCCAGCCGUAUGUCUAUGAGAUCGACUUUGUCCAGCCCGAGGCUCUGGCCGCCAUCCUGGAAUUCGCCUACACCUCCACGCUCACCAUCACGGCCUCCAAUGUCAAGCACAUCCUCAAUGCCGCCAGGAUGCUGGAGAUCCAGUGCAUCGUGAACGUGUGCCUGGAGAUCAUGGAGCCCGGGGGCGACGGAGGGGAGGAGGACGACAAGGAGGACGAUGAUGAUGACGAAGAUGAUGAUGAUGAGGAGGAUGAAGAGGAGGAGGAGGAGGAAGAGGAGGAGGAUGAUGAUGACACGGAAGAUUUUGCUGAUCAAGAAAACUUGCCUGACCCCCAGGACAUCAACUGCCACCAAAGCCCUUCCAAGACUGACCAUCUCACAGAGAAGGCCUAUGCAGACACACCCAGGGACUUCCCUGAUUCCUUCCAGGCUGGCAGCCCUGGCCAUCUGGGUGUGAUCCGGGACUUCUCCAUCGAAUCUCUGCUGAGGGAGAACCUCUACCCCAAAGCCAACAUCCCCGACAGGAGGCCCUCCUUAUCUCCAUUUGCCCCAGACUUCUUCCCACACCUCUGGCCAGGGGACUUCGGUGCCUUUGCCCAGCUGCCUGAGCAGCCUAUGGACAGUGGGCCGUUGGACCUUGUCAUCAAGAACCGGAAGAUCAAGGAGGAGGAGAAGGAGGAGCUGCCCCCACCUCCACCACCGCCCUUCCCUAAUGACUUUUUCAAGGACAUGUUCCCAGACCUUCCUGGGGGGCCACUGGGCCCCAUCAAGGCAGAGAAUGACUACGGUGCCUAUCUCAACUUCCUGAGUGCCACCCAUCUGGGGGGCCUCUUCCCACCCUGGCCACUGGUAGAGGAGCGCAAGCUGAAGCCCAAGGCCUCUCAGCAGUGCCCCAUCUGCCACAAAGUCAUCAUGGGGGCCGGGAAGCUACCGCGGCACAUGAGGACCCACACCGGGGAGAAGCCAUACAUGUGCAACAUCUGUGAGGUCCGCUUCACCAGGCAGGACAAGCUGAAGAUCCACAUGCGGAAGCACACGGGGGAGCGGCCCUACUUGUGCAUCCACUGCAACGCCAAGUUCGUGCACAACUACGACCUCAAGAACCACAUGCGCAUCCACACGGGCGUGCGGCCCUACCAGUGCGAGUUCUGCUACAAGAGCUUCACGCGCUCCGACCACCUGCACCGCCACAUCAAGCGCCAGAGCUGCCGCAUGGCGCGGCCCCGGCGCGGCCGCAAGCCCGCCGCCUGGAGGGCCGCCAGCCUGCUCUUCGGGCCCGGCGGCGCGGCGCCCGACAAGGCGGCCUUCGUGAUGCCACCGGCGCUGGGCGAGGUGGGCGGCCACCUGAGCGGGGCGGCCGUGUGCCUCCCGGGCCCCAGCCCCGCCAAGCACUUCCUGGCGGCGCCCAAGGGCGCGCUGAGCCUGCAGGAGCUCGAGCGGCAGUUCGAGGAGACGCAGAUGAAGCUGUUCGGGCGCGCGCAGCUGGAGGCCGAGCGCAACGCCGGGGGCCUCCUGGCCUUCGCGCUGGCCGAGAACGUGGCCGCCGCGCGGCCCUACUUCCCGCUGCCCGACCCGUGGGCCGCGGGCCUGGCCGGCCUCCCCGGGCUCGCGGGCCUCAACCAUAUGGCCUCCAUGUCUGAAGCCAACAACUAGGCUGGUCCUUGUCACCCCAGUCCAGCAGCCCCGUACCCUCUCCCACCAGGCCCGCCCUGCCUCACCCAGUGGCUCUGAACUUUGUAUUUCAAAUCGCAAUGGGAAAAUGAAAAAACAGAUAAGCAGCAAUGGUCUUUUCCGGGCCUCCUGAGGCAGCUGCCUCCCUUUUGCUGGUGUCUGAGAUGGGCUUCUCCUCCCCGAGGGCCUGGCUGCUCCCUGGCUGUCUCUGUGGCUCUCACACAGACACUCACACAGGCCCACGCCACAGAGGAGGCCACACGCUGGUGCCCAGGAGCACUUUGGAGCUGUGUGGCGCUAGAUGGAGGGAGGUGGCUUGGCCAGAGGCAGGCCAGAUGGAGCAGGGAGGAGGGUAGGGUCCUGGCGCACACAGCCUGGCUGAGCCUCACCCUAUGGCAAAGUCCCUACAGACACUACUCUGAGGAGUCAUCCCCGUCUCCAGCAGUCCUGGGAUGCUUAUGGGAAAUGCCCUAGUGGCAGGGACGCCCCUGGAGUCAGGAGCAAGGCUCCUGCAGUCCAGGCCCAUUUUUCCCUCACUGUCCAGUGACCUUGGACAGAAGCCCUUUGCGCCCAGGUUUCACCCUGCUAUGAAGGGGGGCUGCUAGUUUCUCCUCUUAUUUUCCCCUCUCCCAGCCACCCACGCACGUGUACAGGCCUAUCCCUCCACAGAGAAUUCUGGAGAGGGCGGGAGCUUUCCACUCCUGAAGUCUGUGAUGAAACCAUCUGUCUUAUGGGAUUUCCAUUUUAUCACAUCCACCUCUGUAUUAGCACAGGUGAGAAACGUGGCCACACUAGACAGGGUGACAGAGAGAGAGAGCUGAGGUGGGGCUUGUCCACAGCCCGCAGGCAGCUUUGGGGAACUCUGAAUCCUACCCUCCUCCCGGGCAGGCCACGGUGUAUGUCUGGGGCCCUGAGGAUGACCAGUUAGCAUUUACCCCACCUCCACAUGCCCCCUUCAGUGCUGUACCGAGUCUCUUGGGACUCCUGGGGUCAACACAGAUAGGACCGGGCCUGCCUCUUAACACCUGGCAACCGCCUCCCUCCACCAUGAUUCUGGAACAGACAAAGCACCUGGUGUCUGGGGUUUCUAGUCGCUCCUCAAGUUCCAGUUUCUCAGGGCUUUGGCGUGGCUGGCCAUGGCCCUCUGUGCUGUGUUUGAGCACCCUCGAACCCUCCUUCCUCCCUCCAGGGGUGAAGCUGGGGUGUGUGGCCCCCUCCGUGUGGGGAGCCAGAGCCUGGGCUCUGAUGUGGGUUUGAAGGGCCCUGGGGGUUGGGGUCCACACCCUCUCCCUGGUUCUUGAGUUUGUCGCAGGUCCUGCGAAGGAAGACAGCUCCGCCGGCCCAGUGCCUUUCUGAUCUUCUCUGUCCUCUCCUGCCCUUCCCUCCCUUGUCUGGCUGAGUUUGCUUUUGUUUCUCAGUAGCCCGGAAACGGGGAGAGUUCAUCAGCAGGGGUGCCCAGGACUGGUGUCCCCAGUCCUGGAGAUGUGGGCUCAAGAGACUUCGGCUCUUCCUAUCGCCUUGGCUUCCUCCUGAGCAAACCUAAAAAAAACAAAAAGGCCAGAGAAGACCACAGACUCUGUCACUCUCCCAGCCCCCCAGAAGAGAACCCCCCUUGACCCCACGUACCACCAGAUGCCAUUCCGGCCACAGGGACUUGCUUCCGACCCCUCUUGUCUUCAGGUGUCAUCUGCCUGGGUAGCCGUCUCUUGGAUUCCUGUCUCCAUUUCAGACACUCGCUUCUGGGGCCCGCCAGCCAGCAUGCCCAUGCUCCCCCCAUCGGCCGAGGGAUUGGGGCUGACCCAAACUUUAAAAGAAAUCGAGGAAAAGUGAACACAUUGGAAUCCAGUGGUGUUGGGCUUUUGUUUUUAUUUUGUAAAGGUAAUGACUUCUUAUAAACUCAAUUUUUCAGACGA